GUCCAUAUACCCGGAGUGGGUGGCUACGUUGUGUCUAUUGUAUGGGUUGAUUUUUGUUUUGUUUUGUUUUGUUUUGGCGGGGGGGGGGUGUUGGCAUUUUGUACAUCACGGAAGGCUUAAAUUGGAGUGAAAAGCAUGGCUGAUGAGCAAGAAAUCAUGUGCAAAUUGGAAAGCAUCAAAGAGAUCAGGAAUAAGACUUUGCAGAUGGAAAAGAUCAAGGCACGCCUGAAGGCAGAGUUCGAAGCCCUGGAAUCGGAGGAGAGGCACCUGAAGGAAUACAAGCAGGAGAUGGACCUUCUGCUGCAGGAAAAGAUGGCCCAUGUGGAGGAGCUGAGGCUGAUCCAUGCUGACAUAAAUGUGAUGGAGAACACCAUCAAGCAGUCUGAGAAUGACCUCAACAAGCUCUUGGAGUCCACUCGGCGCCUGCAUGAAGAGUACAAGCCCCUUAAGGAGCACGUAGAUGCCCUUCGGAUGACUCUGGGCUUGCAGAGGCUGCCAGAUCUGUGUGAGGAGGAAGAGAAACUCUCUCUUGAUUACUUUGAAAAGCAGAAAGCUGAAUGGCAGACAGAACCACAGGAACCUCCCAUUCCAGAAUCUCUGGCUGCAGCUGCAGCUGCUGCCCAACAGCUACAAGUGGCUAGGAAACAGGACACCAGACAGACAGCAACUUUCAGACAACAGCCACCUCCAAUGAAGGCCUGUUUAUCAUGUCACCAGCAAAUUCAUCGGAACGCACCAAUAUGUCCACUCUGCAAAGCAAAGAGCCGGUCUCGGAAUCCCAAAAAACCCAAGAGGAAACAGGAUGAGUGAAACACAGAAAAUCCAUGGAAAAACAUGUGACCCAUCCUAAUCCCUUUCCAGUAGAACUGUAAACGUGGCCAGUUUAUUGAAGUGCAGACUUAAGUAUGACUUACCCAUUGUUUUCUAGUUAAUGUGACGUAAGCACAAUGUUUCUGUUCCGUCUUAAUUUCCAUCCAGUCCUCACAUUCUGGUUUUAGGAGAAGUGCUGAUGGUGCUACACUUUAACAUUUUAGUCAUUCCAUCUUUCUGACUCCUAAGCCAAGCGGAACCUCUAAUGCAAGUAGUCUCAAUGCUGAUGAGCAUUUUGCAGAGAAGGACAGAUGAUCCCUCCUGUGAAGAUAUAUUUGAGGAUACAUGUUUCAUAGUUAAAUACAUUAGACUUAAGGUACCUCUACUGUACUUGCCAAAAUGACCGUGUUUUUCUAGCCCUACACUGUUUGCCACACAGUAUCUUUUGCUAAAAAGCAGGCACUGUCUAUACAACUAUAAUAUUCUUAAUGAUCAAGUGUUACUACAGCAAGUUCGUUUUUUUUUUUUUUUUUAGAGAGAGAGAGUUGUUGCUAAAAGAUUACUCUAAUUUUCUCCUAACGGAAACCCACUUGAGGCACAGAAGUUGCUGAAUAUCCAUUUGCUGUGCUAGAGACCCAUGCCUUGACCUAACCAGCAAGAUUACAUGGGCUAGAUAUAGAGUAAAGCUCAGCAUAUCCAAGGAUUUGGGGGUAUAUCUGAAAUGACCAUAAAAAAUAGGGAUAUGGGCACAUGGAAGAUCAACAUAUAGUUCAGUUUUAUGGGGUUUGAUUAUAUGGUUCCUACAGAACUGGAUUAAAAUUUGGGAAGGGGAUCAAGCCAUUGUAUCCAUAUUAAUAUAAAAUUAUGUUUAGCUUCUUAAUUAGGCCAUUUUCAACAAUUGUAAAAUAGACUUCAAUUCAAUUAAGAACUAACUAAGGCCUCAACAGUAUUUGUGGACUUCCUGGGCUCUGAGCCAAAGAGCUAAUCCUAGUUCUUCAGGGGAAAUCAUAAAAUACCCUGGAUUUUAGUGCUCAUUGACUGCAAUAUUAGCCAUUUUAAACCUCUUCUCCCCCUUACAACUAUGGGUCAAAUCAGCUUUAGAGUAGGCAGGUACGAUGCCCACUGAAGUCACAAGGAAUUUCACUUGUGUACUCCUCAGUAGUACUGGUUGAAAAUUUUAUGCUGAAAACUGAGUUUUUGACAAAAGGAAGUUUUUCACCAGAUGAAUGCACUUUCCUAUACAAACUUCUUGUUUUUCAACAAAAAAAAUCUAAAUUUUCCACAGAAAAAAGCCAUUUUCCAACCAACUCUACUCCAGAGCUGACUUUGACUUCUUACUCUACACAUGUGCCAACAGAGCUCCGGCUGGAGUAUCUAUCAGAAUCCCCCGAUAUAGGGUGAGCGCUUUUCCUUAUUUUAGCCAAAGUAAGAGUAGCUUCUCUGAGGAAGGGCAAGAACAGGGACCUAGAAUCUCCUGGUUUCUAAUCUCAACUAUACCACUUACUCCUGGUGCCUUGAGAACAUAACUAACUGUUUUGUGAUUGACACUCUUCAGUAGGGCUGAUAAUACUGACUUGGUUCACAGGGGGACUGUGCAAAUUAAAGAGCCUUGAAUAUUAAGAAUAUUUCUAAAGUACUAAAUAUUCUUUUCAAUAACACUUGGGAUUACAGAAGGAGGGAGCCCCUUCCCUAGGUUUUUAUCCUUCCCUCUCCAUUGCCCCAGUCCUUCAUCCAUACUUGUGCUGGAGUGGUUGUAUUAAGGCAGAGGUCCCCAAACUGUGGGACAUCCCCCCCAUCCCCAGGAGGGCACGGAGGAAUGUUCAGGUUUGGGGGGGG